GAGGAGCUCUAGAGCUUCUGCUGAUGAUGCUGGAAGCGCGUGUCUUAUCUAGAACAGAGUCCGCAAAUGGGAGGUGUGCACGAGCGCAGCGUGUGGUGGAACUAGAGUCACACUAUAUUUUCUAUUAAAAGAUCAGUGGGCAGCGCACCUUUCUCUUUUUAAUAGACAGUCACUACACAUCACUGAACACGAACAACCGUCAAUUAUUCUUACUGCGGUCCGCCGUGAAGAAUUAACAUUGUUGAUACAAGUGGGCGCAGCAAACCAGGCUUGUGAUGUGACAAGCGCGCACUAUGAGCAUUUCGCAGGACAUCUCUCUAGGUCGCAUUUGACAACCUUGACACACCGUUAUUUUGGAGAAUAAAAACUAUCGAAUUGUAAAUCGUAUUGUCAAGUUAAUCGUGGAGACUGGAGUCGCUUCUCGAUGUGUCAGUGAUAAUUGAACAAUACAGAAGAAGUGGUGUGGUUUGUGUCCAUGCUGCAGCGAUAACCAGGUGCCUCGGGUCUACAAUGAUAAGACAAUAAAUGGCAGAGAUAGGAGAAAAUGUGGCAAGAGGAAGAGAAGAAGGAGAUGAUGGAGUGGGAGGUUUAAGGCCACCUCAUGACCCCCAGAGCCCUGCCCACUUUCCCUUUUCUGCUCCCCCAGUUAGGGCCCACCAUGUCGGGCUCAGGAGGGGCAUCGUGAUCCAGCUAACAGGCACAGAGGGUGAGUGGGACAGUCUGGAUGACAACGAGCUCAUCUUCCCCCUUGAACACAACGACUAUGACGACCAGACUCCCUACAUCUCCCUCUCCAAGGAGAGACAGAACUCCAUGGAAGAGGAGAACCAACACUGCCUGGACUCCCCAGCCUUCCACGUACCCCUCUCCCCCUCCUCACCUGGGUCCCUGGGGGACUGCUCCAACUCAGCCCCCAGCUUCCUCUCCCCCAGCCCAGCCACCCCCACCCACCGGCCACUGGCUAGCCUGGUCAAGUCCCUGUCCACGGAGCUGGAGCUCCCUCAUGGCUCAUCCCUCAGACCCAGGCCCUUCCUCAGCCUAGUCAAGUCCAUCUCUACUGAGAUCUCCCGCUCAGAGCCAGAGGUGUCGCAGUCCAAGUCUGACUCCCGCCUCAACCUGCACCUGCAGUGGAAGAACCUGACUCAGCCUAAGGGAAGGAGUGACGGAGACUCCCGUACCGCGCCACCCUCGCCCAUCGCUCUAUCCCCGUCCGAGGGCACCAAGGCGGGCUUCUUCAAAAUAGAGCUGGAGGACACGAAGCGGAAGUUCUCUGAGGCCAUGCAGGAGCCUAUGUUCAGUAAACCUAUCAGUAUUUUCAGUAAGAUCAUGGGGGAUGAGAAGGAGAAUGCAGCAGCAGGCAGCCCCAAGCACCAGAGAGCUACAGGGACUCACUCAGCUGGCUCCCCCAGCUCCAGAGGUGUCUAUGUGGGGAGGAUGGAAAGCACGGAGGUGGGCAUCACAGAGUCUCCGCUGCGGAGCACCAAGAGAACGGAUGGUGACUCUCCGCCGGUGUUUGACUGGCCGUGUGUCAAACACCCAAAGAAGGGUCUGCCCACUAGAACAUGUUCUGUCCACGAUCACCACGGUAACAAACCCAACGACAAUUCAGAGGAACUGGAGAUCUGCACCUACGAUGAAGUCAUGCAGGUUUUUGCCAUUGAGAGUCAUCAUCACAGGCGCCCGCGGAGAUUGCCUGGUUCGCUGAUCUCCUCAGGACCCCAUCGUGUGGUUGUUCAACCCACCUCUCCACCUCCUCCACCACACAUGGUGUUGUUCUGUGUGGCUGUGUUGUCCUACGCCUACUUCAUCCUUCCCCUGGGCCCCUAUAUAUCAGGCCUGGCUCUGGGCGUGGCCUUUGGCUUCCUGCUGGGGCUGCUGCUCAUCAGGUUGGGCUCAACCAGACACACUGCUCAGCCACAUCCACACAGAGACGUUCAGGCCCUGACUGAGGUUGUUAAGCAGGCUGAUGCCCUCGGCAACGAAUCAGACGUCCUCAAGGGCUGGCUGAACGAGAUGUUUGAGUACGACCCAGAGACCUACCACCUGUCCCUGACCCACUCUGUGUUCGCCAGCCUGGAGGGGCACUGCCUUCGCCUGGACUACCCCAGGAACAACAUCAGCCGCAGAGCCACCUACGAUGAAAAGCCUCCCGAGGCUGCGGUUGUCAGCACACGCUGCUUCCAGCUACGACACAGCAAGGUGUUCCUGCUGCCCUCUGAGCUAGCCCGUAAGAGGCUGUGGAACCUGAAGUACCCUAUCUGCAUUGAGCUGGCAGAGGGAGAGGGGGUCAUGGAGGAGGGGAGGGGCACAGUGGAGACGCCAAAAGAGGAGCAGGGGGGAAACCCCCAACUCCAAACACGACCCACCUCCAACCCCAAACCAGCAGCCAACCUCCCCACAACCCUAUACCUCUUCGGACGGACAGGAAGAGAGAAGGAGGAGUGGUUUCAUCACUUCCUGUCCGCGUCCAUGGUAAUGGAGAAGGAGAAGGAGAAUGAGAGGCCUGGCAGAUGUGUGUGCAGAUCAGAUGUGCCGGUAUUGCGAGGGGUGAGCCCUUCAAGACAGUCCCAGGACAGCAGAGGUUCCAGCAGGAUUGGGAGCACUGAAGAGGACCUCCCCAUUCCCCCUUCUGCCCCCUCCAUCCAACCAUCCAGGAUGGGCUCUCCACUGCUGGACUACCCUACCUACAUGGCUCGUUUCCUGCCCUCAGAGCAGCCCAGCCCCCUGCCCAGUCCACCCCUCAACAGCACAGAGACAAGCCCCACCAACAAAGUGAGGUGCACCUGUGAUUUCCCAGAGUUCCCGGUGGAGGACAACACUGACUGGGUCAAUGCACUGAUUGGUCGAAUAUUCUGGGACUUCCUGCGUGAGAAAUAUUGGGCGGACAUUGUCUCCAGAAAGAUCCAGAAAAAGUUGAGCAAAAUCAGACUGCCUUACUUCAUGAAUGAGCUGACUCUGACUGAACUGGACAUGGGCUCCUGUCUGCCCCAAAUCACCAGUGCGUCCAGACCUGUAGUCAACAGCAGAGGCUUGUGGCUGGAGCUGGAGGUGGUAUACACUGGGGCCCUGCAGAUGACCCUGGAGACCAAGAUCAACCUGUCCAAACUGGGCAAGGAGGGCAAGGAGGGCAAGGAGGGAAGCCUGGACACUGACAGCCUCACUGAUACUGGCAGCCUAGGAUCCAGACCCGUCCUCAGUGUUUUGGCUGACAGUGAUGAAGAGUCCUCCAGCGCCGGCUCUUCAGAUGAGGAGGAAGUACUGCUCUCAGAGCACCAAAGCAUUGUGGGAGAAAAGGGGACUCUACCUGGUGCUGAAGGGAUUGCUGCUGGUGGCGGGAGGACAGGCAGGCGGAUUUUGAGAUUUGUAGACAAAAUUGCUAAGUCUAAGUACUUCCAGAAGGCGACAGAGAAUGAGUACAUCAAAAAGAAGAUUGAGGAGAUGUCCAACACGCCCCUGCUGCUGGCAGUGGAGGUUCAGGAGCUUUCUGGAACACUGGCUGUCAACAUCCCUCCUCCCCCUACUGAUAGAAUAUGGUACAGUUUCUGUGUGCCUCCCAAGCUGGACCUGCGUGUCAGACCCAAGCUGGGGGAGAGGGAGGUCACCUUCUGUCACGUGACCGAGUGGAUCGAGAAGAAGCUGCAGGAUGAGUUUGAGAAAGUUUUUGUGCUGCCCAACAUGGACGAUAUCUACCUGCCUCUGAUGCACUCUGGGAUGGACAGUCCUCCAGCUGGGCUGCUGGAGGAGUGUCCAGCCCAGUCGUCACACUCACAACACUCCUCCAUGGAGUCCAUCGAGAGGAUCUCCCAGGACAAUACUGCUGCAGACUUGGACUUGGACUACACUGAACAAAAAUAUGAACUCAACAUGUAAAGUGUUGGUCCCAUGUUUCAUGAGCUGAAAUAAAGGAGAAUUUCUGUCUGUUAAAAAGCCAUUUUGUGGGGGAAAACUAUUUCUGAUUGGCUGGACCUGGCUGCCCACCAAGUGAAAUCCAUAGAUUAGGUACAAAUGUACUUAUUUAAAUUGUCUGAUUUCCUUAUGUGAACUGUAACUCAGCAACAUAUUUGAAAUUGUUGCAUGUUGCGUUUUUUUUGUUCAGUAUAGAUGUGCCACCAACUGUAGUAAGAUACUGUAUAUUACAGACUUUAAGUGAUACCUUUGGUCAAUGUUUACAUGUGAGGAACAGUAAAGAGAUGUGUGUUUGCGUGUUGAUUUCAUUUUUUACAGUUCAAUGUCCUUUUGAUCAGACAGUCCAUAUUUAAGACGUGAAAGAUGAAAACGAUCGUUGAAUAAAACCAAGACAUAUAGAAAUGUUUUUAUGUCAUGUUUAUAAUCAUUCAAGGUUUGGAUUUGCCAGAAUACAAUAAUCAACCUAAUAGAAACAUUAUGAAAAUGAAACAUUCCAUCAGAAUACAUCUGCAGUCUGUACAAAACACACCAAAAUUAAAUUAAAAGUUUAAUUAAAAUACAAACCUCUUUAAUUUUCAUAGUUCUGCAUAAACAUUAUUUUAUAUAAAAACCCUUAUGUCUUUUAAAACGUCAUUAAUCAUUUGUAAAAUACAAAAAUAAACCCUGUUCCCAUCUUAGGAGCUGCUGCUUGUGUUACUCUCCUCUGUAGUCUCCCACUCUCCAUAUCCCUCAUACACCUCUCCUUCCCCC